AUGCCAGAAUUACCACGAAUUACAAGAUCAUUGCGAAUGUUUACAAAUCUUGGACGUAUUAAAAGUACAAAGGAAUUAGAACCAAAUGACUUGUUCAAAAAGAAAGAAGAGCAGUAUAAUGAAUCAAAAUGUGAAUUCAGUUGGCAAGAUUUAUGCAAUUAUGUACCUAAGGAUACUUUAUUCCAUAUGAAUGAGUUACGCAAUAUUGUUGUAGAAAUACUUGGAGAAUGUUCUUCUAAAGUCAUAGAUGAAUUUUUAAUGUUUACUUUACAAUUAUUAAUCAAUGAAGAGGAAUUAAUACAAACAAAAUAUAAAAUUUUAAAAGAAAGAGCAGCAAAUUUAAUAUUUCAAGAUGCUAAAAAUAUGAUGAAAAUAAUUACUGUAAUCAGGAAAACAUUAAAUGAAGAUGUCUUGAUACUUAUAAAAAGUAGAAAUGUUGGUACUAAUGAAGUAUCAGAAAAUGAGAUAUUUGAUCCAAACAUUGAAUACAAGUCUGCAAGAAUAGUGUGGCCAGAUACUGAAACACUUCGCAGUAUGUUUCCAAAAAACAUUAUUCAAAAUACUGAUAAUUUUUCAAUGAAAUAUAGAAAUGAAACCACAAAAUUAUCUAAAACUGAAUUUGAUGUGACAACAUAUAAAGAAAAUUUGAAGUUAUAUCAUGCAAAGAAAUUUAUGUACAUGACAUUAGAAAAAUUUGAAAUGGCCAUAAUCACUAGAUUAAAGGAUUCUGAAAAUUUACAAAAUGAAUUAUUUAAUUUCUUAGGUUAUGAAUGUAUAGAGCUGAUACAGUAUAUUCUUCAGCAUAAAAAAAGUAUCAUAACUUUGAAUUCUGUUGCAAAAGUACAAAAAAAAUGUAAUGUUCAAAGACCUGUAAUCAGUGGUCAAGUAACUGUACAAUCUGAAAAAGAAAAGCAGUUAUUAAAAUUAAUACGAAAAAAAGAAAAAAAAUUAAACAAAAUAUCAAGUAAACGAGAAGGGAAAGGAGAAUUAGAAGAAAAUGGUUUUGAAUCAGUAGAGUUGUGUUUACAAAAAAAUGAAGCAUUAAUAGAAAUGCAUACACCUAUAUUUAAAAAAAGUAUUACUGAUAGAAAUGCACGAGAAAUUUUUCCCUUUGUAUUUGAUUCCAAUGUAAGUAGUAGAAGUACAACUGGUUAUGUAUCAAAGCAAAAAAUAAUGUUACCGCAAGAUGUUGUAAGAAAAGACACAGAAAUGUAUGAAGAAGUUUCCAUACCUAUUCCAGAAUCUCAACCAAUUGAUGUAGAUUACAAACCUGUUAUGAUAUCAUCAUUAGAUGAUAUUGGACAAAUGGCUUUUAGUGGCAUUGAAUCAUUAAAUCGAAUACAAAGUAUAGUAUUCGAUGCAGCAUACCAUACUAAUGAAAAUUUAUUAAUUUCUGCUCCAACAGGAGCUGGUAAAACUAAUGUUGCUAUGUUAACUAUAGUACAUCAAAUAAAGCAACAUAUUAAACAAGGUCAAUUAAUGAAAAAUCAGUUUAAAAUAAUUUAUGUAGCUCCAAUGAAAGCUUUAGCAGCUGAAAUGACAGCAAAUUUUAGUAAAAGACUUCAGUGUCUUGGUAUUUCUGUUCGAGAACUAACUGGAGAUAUGUCACUAACAAAGACGGAAAUUCAACAAACACAAAUGAUCGUUACUACACCUGAAAAAUGGGAUGUUGUUACUAGAAAAGUAACCAUUUCUCUUACUAGUAUUGUAAAACUAUUAAUUAUUGAUGAAGUUCAUUUGUUACAUGGUGAUAGGGGGCCUGUUGUUGAAGCAUUAGUUGCUCGAACUUUAAGGCAAGUAGAAUCUUCACAAAGUAUGAUCAGAAUUGUUGGACUUUCUGCAACUUUACCCAAUUAUGUAGAUGUUGCAAGAUUUUUAAGGGUAAAUUUACAUGUAGGACUCUUUUAUUUUGAUCAUCGAUUUCGACCUGUACCACUUAGUCAAACAUUUAUUGGUGUAAAAGCAACAUCAUCGUCACAAGAAAUGAGUUACAUGGAUUCCAUAUGUUAUGAUAAUGUCAUAGAUAUGGUACGUAAAGGACAUCAAGUAAUGGUAUUUGUACAUGCACGAAAUGCCACUGUUAGAGUGGCAAAUGCACUGAAAGAGUUAGCAAUACAAAAUGGUACACUUAAAUUAUUUAUACCUGAAGGUCAAGCAAAAUUUACAAAUAAAGCCUUUGCUAAAUCACAAAAUAAAUGCUUAAUUGAAUUAUUUAAUAAUGGAUUAUCAGUACAUCAUGCUGGUUUAUUGCGUGGAGAAAGAAAUUUAGUUGAAAAAUAUUUUGCAGAAGGUUUAAUUAAAGUAUUAGUAUGCACAUUAACAUUAGCUUGGGGUAUAAAUUUACCAGCACAUGCAGUUAUUAUUAGAGGAACAGAAAUAUAUGAUGCAAAACAUGGUUCAUAUAUUGAUUUAGAUAUAUUAGAUGUUUUACAAAUUUUUGGGCGUGCUGGUAGGCCACAGUUUGAUGUAUCUGGUCAUGCUGUUAUUAUUACUUCUCACAAUAAAUUAUGUCACUAUUUAUCAUUAUUAACAAAUCAAAUACCUAUCGAGAGUAGUUUUAUUAAAUACUUGGCUGAUAAUUUGAAUGCUGAAAUUGCAUUAGGUACAAUAUCAAAUGUAGAAGAAGCUAUAAAAUGGUUAAGUUAUACUUAUUUAUUUGUUCGAAUGAAAUUAAACUGCCAUGUCUAUGGAAUUCCAUAUCAACUUAUUUUAGAAGAUCCAAAUUUGAAACGGAAAAGAAAGGAGUUAAUUGAUACAGCAGCUAAAGCAUUAGAUAAAGCUAGAAUGAUUCGAUAUAAUACCAAUACUGGAGAUUUAAGCACAACAAACUUAGGACGUAUUGCAAGUCACUUUUAUCUCAAAUAUGACACCAUUGAAAUAUUUAAUGAACUUAUAAAACCAAUUAUGACUGAAUCAGAAAUAUUUACUAUGAUAUCUCAUUCUCAAGAAUUUGAACAAUUGAAAGUACGAGAAGAUGAAAUACAUGAAUUGGAAUAUUUAGUUAAAGAAUAUUGUGAACUCAUAGUUCAAGGUGGUGUAGAAAAUAUACAUGGUAAAGUGAAUAUUCUAUUACAAACAUAUUUAUCACGUGGUAUUGUUCAUUCGUUUUCACUAAUAUCAGAUCAAGGAUAUAUUGUGCAAAAUGCAGAACGUAUAUGUAGAGCAUUGUUUAAAAUUAUGUUAGGACAAAAUAAUGCAAUAAUGGCUGGCCGUUUACUAGAAAUAGCAAAAGUGCUUGAAGUGCGACAAUGGAGUUAUAACAGUCCUUUAUGUCAGUUUUCAUGUUUAUCUUCAGAAAUCAUUGAUAAAAUAGAACAAUAUGAUUUAACAAUUGAUAGAUUAAAUAAUAUGAGUGUGAAAGAAAUUGGAAAUAUUUUGCAUAAUCGGAAAGCAGCAGUAUUGGUGAAAAAAUGUUGUGAAGAAUUACCUGCUUUAGAAAUGGAAUCAAAUUUACAACCUAUUACUCGUACAGUCUUAAGAAUACGUUUAAAAAUAUAUCCUCAAUUUCGAUGGAAUGAUAGCUUUCAUGGUAAAACUUCAGAACCUUUUUGGAUAUGGAUAGAAGAUCCAGAUAAUAAUUUUAUUUAUCAUCAUGAAUACUUUGUUAUGACAAGAAAAAUGGUUUGUAACAAUCUUGAACAAGAACUUGUAAUGACAAUACCAUUGUAUGAACCAUUGCCUACUCAGUACAUAGUAAGAGCAACAAGCGAUCGUUGGUUGGGUUGUGAAAAUAUGCUGCCUUUAACAUUUCAUAAUUUAAUAUUACCAGAAGUAUAUCCACCAUAUACUGAUUUAUUAAAUUUACAACCAUUACCAGUUAAAGCAUUGAGAGAACCAUCAUUUGAAAAACUUUAUAAAUUUUCUCAUUUUAAUCCAAUACAAACACAAAUUUUUCAUUGCUUGUAUUAUACAAACAAUAACGUUCUGUUAGGAGCUCCAACUGGUUCAGGAAAAACAAUUGUUGCAGAAAUUGCCAUGUUUAGAGUAUUUAAACAAUAUCCAAUGCAAAAAGUCGUUUACAUUGCACCAUUAAAAGCUUUAGUUAGAGAACGAAUGAAGGAUUGGAAAGUUAGAUUUGAAGAACAACUGGGGAAAAAAGUAGUAGAAUUAACUGGAGAUGUAUCACCAGAUAUUAAAGAUAUAGCAACUGCGUCUGUUAUUGUGACUACACCAGAAAAAUGGGAUGGUAUUAGCAGAAGUUGGCAAACAAGAGCUUAUGUUAAAAAUGUUGCACUUAUCAUAAUAGAUGAAAUUCAUCUAUUAGGAGAAGAUCGUGGUCCUGUGUUGGAAGUUAUUAUUUCGAGAACUAAUUUUAUUUCUAGUCACACUUAUAAAAAGUUGAGAAUUAUUGGACUUUCUACAGCAUUAGCUAAUGCAGUAGAUUUAGCUGAUUGGCUUGGUAUUGGAGAAAUGGGUCUUUAUAAUUUUCGUCCGUCUGUACGACCUGUUCCAUUAGAAAUUCAUAUAAAUGGAUUCCCAGGAAAAAAUUAUUGUCCACGAAUGGCAACAAUGAAUAGACCAACUUUUCAAGCAAUUAAACAACAUGCACCAUCUAAACCAUCUUUAGUGUUUGUUUCAUCUCGCAGACAAACACGUUUAACUGCAUUAGAUUUAAUUGCUUACCUUGCAGCAGAAGAUAAUCCUAAACAAUGGUUACAUAUGCUUGAUGAAGAGAUGAAUAGCAUUCUAGAUCAUGUACAAGACUCAAAUUUGAAACUUACUCUUGCUUUUGGAAUUGGACUUCAUCAUGCUGGUCUUCAAGAGAAAGAUAGAAAAAUUGUUGAAGAAUUAUUUGUUAAUAAUAAAAUUCAGGUAUUGAUUACAACAGCUACUUUAGCUUGGGGAGUAAAUUUUCCUGCUUAUUUAGUUGUGAUAAAAGGUACAGAAUAUUAUGAUGGCAAACAACAUCGUUAUGUAGACAUGCCAAUCACAGAUGUGCUUCAAAUGAUGGGUCGUGCAGGCAGGCCUCAAUUUGAUAAUUCUGGAGUGGCAGUAAUUUUAGUACAUGAUUUAAAAAAAAAUUUUUACAAAGAAUUUUUAUAUCAACCAUUCCCAGUUGAAUCAAGUUUAUUAGCUGUUUUACCAGAUCAUAUAAAUGCUGAAAUUGUGGCUGGUACAAUUAAAAACAAACAAGAAUUAUUAGAUUAUUUCACUUGGACUUAUUUUUUUAGAAGAUUAAUGAAAAAUCCUAGAUAUUAUAAUCUAAAUGCUUUAGAACCUUAUACAAUUAAUCAGUACUUAUCUUCUUUAGUAGAUAAUACAUUAAAAGUGCUAAUAGAUUCACAUUGUGUGGAUUUUGACCAGGAGGAACAAAUUUUGUAUCCACUUUCAAUGGGUAAAAUAGCAUCAUUUUAUUAUUUAUCACAUCAAACUAUGUCAAUGUUUGAACAAUCAUUACAAGAUUCUCUUACAUUGGAGCAAUGUUUACAUAUUUUAUGUAAUUCCCAUGAAUACAAUGAAUUGCCAGUAAGGCAUAAUGAAGAAUUAUUAAAUGAGGAAUUAAGUAAAAUGUGUCGUUACCAAGUAGAUAAUUACUCAUACAAUUCUCCACAUACCAAAGCAUUUUUAUUACUUCAAGCACAUUUCUCAAGACUUUCUUUACCAUGUGUAGAUUAUAUUACUGACUUGAAAUCAGUUCUAGAUCAGGCAAUUAGAAUUAUUCAAGCAAUGAUAGAUACAGUUGCAGAACAGACAUGGUUAGCAAGUACACUUAUGAUAAUAAAUUUACUUCAGAUGAUUAUUCAAGCUCGAUGGAUUGAUGAAUCAGCAAUUACCACAUUGCCAUAUAUAAAUUCAGAACAUUUACAAUUAUUUUCAACAUUGUCACUAAUUCUCCCAGAAUUAUGUUUUAUUGCAUACAAUAAAUAUGGUGUACUUACAGAAGUACUUGGUAAAGAAUUUCAGGAAGAACAAAUACAUCGGAUAUACCAAGUAAUGAAAGAAAUGCCAAUGAUCUGUGUUCAGUUACAUUUAGAAAAUCAUGAUGAAGAACAGAAAAAACAGGUUAUACCAAUAAAGUAUGACAGUUCUGAUUAUAUAAAUAUUCAUAAAGAUCAAGAUUAUAUAUUAAAUAUUGGAAUGAGAAGAAAAAAUAAAUCUAAUAACUUGAAAACACAUAGUCCCUUGUUUCAAAAAGGAAAAGACGAAGGUUGGUUUCUAAUUUUAGGUAAUAUUUUGGAUAAAGAAUUAUUAGCUCUAAAACGAAUAUGUGGAAUAAAUGAACAACAUAAAUGUCAUCAAUUACAAUUUACAGCACCAUCAAAACUAGGACGAACAACGCUAUCAUUUUAUUUGAUGUCUGAUUGUUACAUAGGACUGGAUCAACAAUAUGAUAUAAAAAUAAAUGUAACAUCUUAACCGUUUGAAUGCAAAG